AGUACCAGGAGCAUCAGCCCCAGUGUGAGCCCGGCCACCACCCACUUGUCCAUGUUGAUCACUCCGUCUUGGGCCGGCUCGCUGCUUGGUGCCCAGGAGGAUCACCUGCUCCUGGCUGGUGCUGGGAGGUAUCUAGCAGGGUCUUAAAUCAGAAGACUUCAUAAUGGCAGUGAUGUCAUACUACCCACGCUCACCACGCCCCACCUCCAGUCAAAUAAUUUAUUUUUGAAAUGAAAACUUCAACAUUGUUUAGAGAGUCUGCAGUAUUUCUCAUAAAUCUAUUUAAAAAGCAGGUUUCCCUUGUUUUUUCCCUCCUAAAGGUAUUUAUCCCCCAGAUUCUUAAAAUAUGCUUGUUGUUGAAAAUUGGUAGCACCGAGUGUGAGGAGAAACUUUUACCCAGUGACAUCACUCACGAUAUUUGGUAUAUUUUGUACAGAGAUUUGGUGUAUUUAUACACGUCUUUUAUGCAAUAAUGAUUGUACUUUUGAAUCCAGUUUUGCCCAACAUUUAUCAUGAGCAUUUUCCUGACAUUAAAAGCUUGAAAGCAGCCCCCGUCACUGAGCCACCACCGAGGACUCAGCAGUCUCCCAGCUCGAGGCCCCUUGCUUCCCAACGCUCAGUACCCCCUGCCCACCUUCUCCUGCUGCUGCCUUCCACAGGCCGUUUCCACCUAAGAAAAGGAAUCAUAUCUUAUGUCCACUUUCCAGAACCUCCACUCUUUCGACCCCUUUGCUGAUGCAAGUAAGGGUGAUGAUCUGCUUCCUGCUGGCACUGAGGAUUAUAUCCAUAUAAGAAUUCAACAAAGAAAUGGCAGGAAGACUCUUACUACUGUCCAAGGGAUCGCUGAUGAUUACGAUAAAAAGAAACUAGUGAAAGUGUUUAGGAAGAAAUUUGCCUACAAUGGUACUGUAAUGGAGCAUCCAGAAUAUGGAGAAGUAAUUCAGCUACAGGGUGACCAGCGCAAGAACAUAUGCCAGUUCCUGGUAGAGAUUGGACUGGCUAAGGACGACCAGCUGAAGGUACAUGGGUUUUAAGGGCUUUUGGCUCACUGAAGCUUAAGUGAGGAUUUCCUUUCAAUGAGUAGAAUUUCCCUUCUGUCCCUUUUCACAAGUUUAGAAACUUCACAGCUUAUAUAAUGUAACCAUUUGGGGUCUGCUUUUAACUUAGACUAGUGUAACUCCUUCAUGCAAUAAACUGAAAAGAGCCAUGCAAAAAAAAAAAAAGCUUGAAAGCAUGAUUUAAUUAUCUUCUUAAAAAGUUCACGCAAUAAACUCUGCAUGUGUGCAGUUUUAUCCCCAUCUUGUUUUGUUUUGAAGUAGUCUUAUGUAUUUACAGAGAAGUUGUAAAUAAAAUACACUGUGGUGUUUGUUCUGGUUGUUUCUAAGUGAUGGGGAUUUCUGUAUUUUCCACCUUUUCCACAUUGGUUAUAUAUUUCCUAUGGAGGCUGGACUACUAGUUUUUUGAAAGGAGGGGUUAAUGGAAAUCAAGGUAAACCAACAUGGAAAUUACUUUUUGAAAAUAAGGACUAUAGAAAAUAGAAAAAAAAAUAGAGAAUAAAGAUCAGAAGUUAAUGGUUACUAAAGUAGCACUUAUCAUCUGAAUGGGAAUUGAUCCUCUUUGAGUAAAUGAGUAAAAACAAUAUCUUUCAUUGAUGCUUGAAAUUUGGGAGUGACAUAAUAAGAGGUUAGCAUAGUUUGAAAAACUUCUGGUUUGUAUUUUCUUAUCUGCUCAAAGAGAAAAUUUAGUUACUCAAUAUUUAGUUGUUUUUUAUUUUCAAGAAUUUUCAAGUAUUUCUUUAUACUUCAGAAUAUGAA